UGUAGUGGAUGCUCGAAUAUCCCGUUCCGACGCCGCUCAACUCACGCAAUGGCUCCUCAGCGCCGAGCGGGCGCCAGGACUGCCGAGAGCGCUGGGGGUGGCGCGGGUCUUCGGGCGGAGGAACGCCGCCUCCUCCUCAGCAGUGGUAUGAAAGGUAAUGUCCAGAAAGACUCACGGCAGAAGUGGCUGAAAGUGGCAUUCCUUCUCUCGUCUGCCAUGCUGGGCUACCUCCUGAGUGGGAGCUAUUUGUUCAGUGAAGACGGCGUUACAGAAGUUUUGGCCCAUCAUGGUGAAAUCCUACCAGACCGAUUCAUUGAGAUACCCUGCUCAGAGGACUACGACAGCCACAAACGUUUUGAAGGCUGCACUCCUCGGAAGUGUGGAAGAGGAAUAACAGAUGCCAUAAUCAACAGGGAGGAAGCUGAGAGAAUCCGUAGAAUAGCAGAGAGGGGACUGUCCCUGGGAGGAUCAGAUGGAGGGGCUUCAAUUCUGGACUUGCACUCUGGAGCUCUUUCUUUGGGGAAGCAUUUUGUUAACAUGUACAGAUACUUUGGUGAUAAAAUUCAUGAUACCUUUACAGAAGAGGAUUUUCAGUUAUACCGUGAUGUGAGGCAGAGAAUUCAACAAAAAAUAGCUCUUGCUUUUGGGAUCAGUUCCUCUUCCAUGUAUUUGACAAAGCCAACAUUCUUCUCCAGGAUAAAUAACUCGGAAGCCAAGACAACCCAUGAUGAAUACUGGCACCCACAUAUUGAUAAGGUGACUUAUGGCUCCUUUGACUACACAUCACUGCUUUACCUCUCAGAGUACACAGAAGACUUUGGUGGUGGAAGGUUUGUCUUUAUGGAUGAAGGUGCAAAUAGGACCGUAGAACCUCGAGCAGGCCGGGUUUCCUUCUUCACAUCUGGCUCCGAGAACCUUCACCAUGUUGAAAAGGUCCACUGGGGCACCCGUUAUGCCAUCACCAUCUCCUUCACCUGCAAUCCUGACCAUGGAAUUGGGGAUCCUGUUUUAACAUAACAGGCGGCUAGAAGGAUCAGCCAGAGAAACCCUGUGCAGAAGGGGAAAAGAAAUGUUUUAUCUUCCCAUGUCAGUUCCACUACAUUGAUUCUUCUAAACUUUAUUCAGUGUGAAUGUGAGCUGUUUUCAUACACACAUCUCCCUCUUUAAGUGUUGCAAACAGUGCCUUAAGGACCAUCUUUCUAAGUCUUCUGGAGCAGUACGUUUGUUUUUGUAAGGUAAUAGUCAAAAACACUUUCAGUCCGCCCCCACCUCCAUCCCCUUGUACAUAAGGGUACUUCAGAAUUCAGAUACUGCAGAACAGGCCAGAUACAUUGUCAUUCCUCUACUGGUGGAGACCAAAAUCUAGUCAUUUCACAUAUUCCCUUCAGUUUUUGCUCCCAAAACCACUCUUUGGGGUGCCCCAUGAAAUAGUUUGUGGGCAGAGGGACACUCAGGAACAUGUGGAGGGACUUUAUCCUCAUCUUGCCAUGCAUUGUUCCCCAUCCCAUCGCCACUCCUUUCCACAGUAAUGUGCUCAUUUUGGAAAAUAAUUGGGGCAGCCAACUUUUAAUCUUGAGCACCUGAACACUAACACAAAUUAGAGUAUCAUAUUUUAAAGUGUGUACACAUAACCUCUGCCAAUAGGACUUUGUGGACAUUAACCAUGUAUCAGGUUUUAUUUUUUAUGUUAUUUUUUAAAAAACUUUUUUUGGGAAUAUAUUUCUCCUUGAAAACAAAGGGUGUUGUCCAGUGUUACUCCUAUGUAGAGUAGGCUCAUUGAAAUGAAUUAGAUCUAAGUUCAUCACAACUAACUUAGACCUAUUCAUUUCAAUGGGUCUACUCUAUGUAGGACUAACAAUGGAUACUAUCCAAAACAUGUGCUUUGACUACUGGAAUGGACUGUUUUUCUUGUACAAAACAGCUGUAUAUGAAUUAAUAGAGUGUUUCAUAUGGGUAGAAAAGAGUGUUCAGGAUGAAAUGAAACUACUGAAUGGGCUACUACUUAAUAGUGGGAUUGACAUCUGGUCAGUGUGAUUGCGAAAAAAAAGUUGUGUCUCUUUUCUGAGCUCAGUUUGUUUAAGAUCACACACACCUUAGAUUCUGUUUAUUCUGAUGAUUUCAGGAUCCAUUAAAGUUUGUUUGGAAUGAA